ACGUCAACGCUCGUGUCUCUGUUAGCUAUAGCCUAUUAUUAGCAUUUGUUUGUUAGUUUGACGAUUGGGGUUUACGCGAUAAAUACAGUCGAAGAGACACCAAACAACAAGCAGGUUUAAGGUACGACGUUUGUACAAGAACCAUGGCAAGCCAGAGGCCACCUACCAACAUCAGCAGGCCAAUGAGUCGUGGAUCUGUGGUCCUUGGAAGACCUCCAACAGGGCUCCGACCUCCUCCUACUGCCAUUCGUGUUUCACCAGGGAUGGUUCCAGGUACCAGUGGUACUAGAGGUGGUAUCGCCAUCCCUGCAGUUUUGUCUGCUCCGAUCAGAGUAACUGACAGGCCGGUCACCCAGCAGGGUCUCAGUGGAAUGAAGACUGGCAUGAAAGGACCCCAGAGACAGAUUCUGGAUAAGUCCUACUACCUGGGUCUUCUUAGGAGUAAAAUGAAUGAGUUGACCACGGAGACCAGCAAACUUCACAAAGAGAUUGAGAACUACAACCAGGAGAACUCUGUCUACCUUUCUUAUGACAAGAAAGCUGAGAGCCUGGCUUCAGAGAUUAAGGAUCUGCAAGGCCAACUUGCUGACUACAACAUGCUGGUGGACAAACUCAACACUAACACAGAGAUGGAGGAAAUGAUUAAUGACUACCACUUGAUCAAAGCACAGAAUGACAGCGAAGCACAAAGUAUUGACAGGAUCUUCACUGAGAGACAAGAGAGGGAGGAGGAAAUCAGGGCAGUUGAAGAGGAGAUUAGGAGGGAAAGGUGGGCUGCCGAAGAAGUCAUCCAGGCAAUGCCUGCUGCAGAUCAGAAGAGGUAUUUCAGUAUGACAACAGAAAAUGAAGAACUGCUGCAGGAACUAACUGUCCUUCAGGAAGAGCUGGACAUUCUAGUAACCAAGAAGAAAGACUAUGAAGCAGAGCUGUCCCACUCACAGACUAAACAGUUAGUAGUCCGUCUUCAUGACGUUCUGUCAGAACUGGAAGCAAAUCGUGAUUCCUUGGAGGCAGAGCUGAAGAGCAAGGAUUCCCCCAAAGAAGAGAGAGAGAAGCUGCUUAAGCAGGUAAAGGAGGACAAUCAGGAAAUAGCCAGCAUGGAGAGACAGCUUACUGAGGUCAUGGACAGGAGGAAACAAGUCAUGGAGGAAAUUCAACACCUCGAGCAGGACUCCGAGGCAACGCAAGGGGAGUGUCAGCAGAAAUACAAGGAGUUGAAAAAGAAAGAGGAAGAAAUCGACCAGUUUCUGGAGUCAUUUCAGGACUUGAAGGUUCAGGAGCUGAAUAAACUGACUGAGUGUGAAGAAAACAUUGUUUCCAUUCUGGAGCACUGUAGCAGGAACAUGUUACGGCUGCACCAAGUGGAUACAAUUACUGCCAGUGAGCUGAGGAACAUGCAGGAAGUGCUGCUCAGCAAAGAGACAGAGGUCGUCCAAUCAGAAAGCACCACCAAAGGACUGACAACAGAGUCACUGCGUCUGCAGCAAGACCUGGAGAAGGUGCAGCAGCUGGAGGGAAAGAUAAUAUGUGAUCUCAGCACCCUGAAGGAACAAAUCAGCACUAUGGAGUCAGAGCUGCACACCUACAGAGACCUGGAGACCCUGAGGCACACAGCUGAGGAGAAGAAAAAGAAACUGAUGGAGGAACGAACAUUGCUGACUCUGCAACAAGCUUCAUUCAAGCAGCUGCUGGAGGAGAAGAACCAGAUCUACGAAGCUCUGAAGACCAGGCUGCAGGAAAACGAGACUUAUGCUCAGCUGGCAAACCUGGAGAGGAAAUGGCAGCACUUGGAGCAGAAUAUCUUCGUGAUGAAAGAAU